GAGACAUUUGCCUGUGGACUUUUUCGGCUUCAUACAACCCAUGCGUGGUUAGAAAAUCCUUUAAUAGACACCGUUCCCUCGAUUUUAAGCAGGGGUGAAGCAUACUCUAGACUGUUUCUGUUUGUAACUUCCCCGACGUACUCUCAACUUAUCCAUACAACGUACUCUCAUCAUAUUCUCAACAUACUCUUAACAUACUCUCAACAAAGCUCUGUUAGUACACACCCGGUUCUCUCCUUAGAAACCUUAACUUCCAUACAGGUCUCUCCGAUUUUUCACCACGCCCUUGUUGACCUCUUCUCGCCGUUAGGCCUUCCUUACUAGUUUUAUUUCACCGUGAACCUUCUCUGACCGCCUUGGACAUACUCCGCUCCUUCUUUACACAUUCCCUUUUAACCCCUGUAAAUAGCAUGGCUUUCCCGUUAUAAUGGUUCCAAUCGUCCCCCUCGUUUCUGGGAACGCCCCCGCCCCUCGACCGCCGUCGAAACAACUUCUCACACACCUGAAGCCCAUCUCGGUGAUAUCCAACGCCGCGGGCUUGAACCACAGCGCCCUCAGCGGCCGCCCCGCCGUGGUGCCAACCCUCCAGAACUAUCCUCCGCAACAACACGGUCUUCCAGUUGCUAAAGCUCCCGAUUUUGUCGUAAAAACCUCCAAGAAAUGGGUCUUGCCGCCUAGGCCUAAGCCGGGCCGCAAACCGGUUGCCUCCGAGAAAAAGAACUGCCCGGCAAGACCCUUGCCUGUAGACGUCGCGGCGGUUGCGGCCGCCGCGGACGCGGCGACAGGCUCCUCUAGCAAGCCCAUUCUCCCGCUACCUCCCGUCCGCAAGAGCGUGCCAUUUGUGACGGUAGAUCCUAAGCUGAAGACAAUCAACCCGAAGUCAAUCCUUGUUCCCGUGCCUGGUGCCGGGGGCAAAGCGCCCGCGAAAGCUGCGCCACACGAUUCCGCCUCCGCGUCGGCUGCGUUAGUUCAGGGCUUGAACGGCUCCAUCGGCAACAAUCCGCUCAGCCAGGCGAUUCUCACGGUAGAUGAGGAGAACUUCCAGUUGCGUAACGAGUUGAUAAAGCUUGUGAGCGAUUUCAACAUCCUAAAGAGCGAGUUGACCCAAUCUGAAGUCCAGCCUGUGGAGUCUCGUCCGGGAUACGGUAGCCGUAAGCGAAGCCACGACAAUCUCGAUUCGCCGCUUGUCCCAGACACCCCGGCAACGACCAAGGCCCCAGGAUUAGACAAGAUCCGCCACUCCAAUGCUGGGCCGUUGGUGGCGCCUGUAACGUCUCCGUUCCCUGCCACCAUUGAGGAGUCGCUUCGUGAAUAUCUCAAUCUCUCGGACAACGAAGAGGAAGAUGAUACUAUUGGUGAGUCGCCGAUCUCGGUUGAUGACGAGUUGCCUUCAUUAGCUGACACCCCUAGCAGCACCAUAGACUCAACUGUUUCCGCUCAUGACGAGCCCGAGUUGCUCCUUCUCCCGCGCCAUGAAAGGUACAAAAAGCCUGCAAAGAGUAUGCCUCACGAUAACGACUUGCUUGCCAUUCCCAACUUGUCUGAGCUGACGGGAGAUGACUUGGACUUUUCCUUCUUUAAUAUCACCUCUCCCUCGCCGUUUGAUGAGCCUUACUUCCCGGCCAAAGCUGGAAAGCUGGCCAAAUCCGGCAACGCAUUUACCUCAAUUGACUUCACCUCUUUAGCCAGCGACGACUGGAUGUUGGACUCCCCCGGAUCCAGCGACGUGGCCUUCCAGCGCUCCAGCUUAUCCCUCGACGAUACGAGAAAAUCUAAUAACUUGAUCCUCUCCUUCAUGGACAAAGAACCCAAAUACGACAAUCCCAUGAGCAAUGAAGGGAUCGACAGUUUGGGCUGGGGGUCCUUAAAUCCGUUUUAGCCCCUCCCCUGCAUCCCAACCUCUUAAUGCCAUCCCUUUUUUUCUUCUUCUCACGCAGCUAUGAUUUACUCUCGACUUACUCUCUACAUUAUGAUUUACGAUUUCUAUAUUCCCGACACCUUACGCCACUCUCUAUUCAUAUAUCACCAUAAAUUUAUAGGUCUGGGUAGAAAGAUAUACCUGGUAGCCAGAUAGAUGUGCAAUGAAAAGUUUUUGUCCCAUAUUGGACACAGAUUGGCCACAUGGUCAAAUUAUGAAUUAUUUUGAAUUCCACUCUAUGUAUAACAGUAUUUACACACAUCGAUAUUUUUGCGCUGUUAG